AUGUUUCCGUCCGCGGGAAAACGCUGCUUCACCAUCGAGUCUCUGGUGGCCAAAGAGAACCCGCUGGGCGCGGAGGAGCCGCUCCGCCCGGCGGCCCUGGCCUACUCCAGCCCCCCCGCGGAGGCCCUGAUGAGCUACCAGGCCCCCCCCGCCAGGCCCCUGUACCAGAGCCCGGACCUGGUCUUCCCGGACGGCGUGGGCCACCCGUCCCUCACCGUGGCCCCCCACCAGCUCGGCGGCUCCCACCUGCAGCACCCGCACUUCUUCGGGACGCAGCACCGGGACCCGCUCGGCUUCUACCCCUGGGUCCUCCGGAACCGGUUCUUCGGUCACAGGUUUCAAGGGAACGACGUGUCCCAGGACAGCCUGCUGCUCCACGGACCCUUCGCCCGGAAGCCGAAGCGGAUCCGCACCGCCUUCUCCCCGUCGCAGCUGCUGCGGCUGGAGCGCGCCUUCGAGAAGAACCACUACGUGGUGGGAGCCGAGAGGAAGCAGCUGGCCACCAGCCUCAGCCUGUCCGAGACCCAGGUCAAGGUGUGGUUCCAGAACCGGAGGACCAAGUACAAGCGGCAGAAGCUGGAGGAGGAGGGGCCGGAGAGCCAGCAGAAGAAGAAGGGGAACCACCACAUCAACCGCUGGCGCCUGGCCACCAAGCAGGCGGCGUCGGACGACAUCGACGUGACCUCAGAGGACUGA